AUGGCAAAGUCUUUUCUCAUGGUAAUGCUCGCAUCCAUGGUAAUGUUUUACAUGGCUUGUCCAAUUUACUCCCAGAAAAAUAUAUCAGAAGAUAUAGACAUAGCUCCAACUUCAGUGGAAGGGGCUGAUUUACCCACAACAGAGUAUGAGAUAGAGCUUGCUCACCGUUUACAUGAAGAUUAUAUUCUGGCUUGCCCUAAAAAGCCGAGUUCCAAAUGUGAUGAUGAGAUUUUCAAUAACAUGAUGGAUGGGACGACACCAGUGACAAGUGAAUGUUGUCGUGAUAUAUUGAAGACUGGUAAAGAUUGUCAUCUUGCAUUGGUUAAAAUUGUAUUCUCCACGGAUGGGUAUAAAAGUAAAGCAUCCAGAGCAAUUCCAAAAAGUAAACAGACAUGGAAUGAUUGUGUCCGUAGAGUUGGGAUGGAGAUUGGUGCCCCGGUCACUUUUGAAGCAUAAACCAAUAAUAUUCCCUCAUAAAGAUAUGUUUAUGUGUUUUUUUAAUUUGAUUGUGACCAUUAUAAAACAGCUUCCAUUUUAUUUUUUCUAAUCAAGAAAAUAGAGCCA